AUGAAUAUUCUCUACGGGCGAUCGUCCGAUCAUGGAUGCACCGAACACGACCUUGGCAUAGAUGCCCAGGAUAACGUUGCAGGAAGCCUCUCCUUCCAUCAACUCAGCACUAUCAUCUCUGGAGUUUGCGCCGCCAUCUCCAUCUGUGUGAUGCUUAUCUUCAAGUCACUUCACGCUACGCAUCUUUCGAAUCCGACAGAGCAGGUCAAAAUCAUGCGCAUCGGAACUUUGAUCACCAUGUACUCACUCAUCUGCUUCCUCUCCGUCUGCUUCCCCAAAGCAGAGGUGUACAUUCAUCCUUGGUUGGACCUCGUCGAGGGUUUCGCUCUGGGAUCCUUCUUCCUGCUCCUCUGCGACUACGUCUCGCCGCAUCACGAACAGCGCGAGCUUUUCUUUGCUGCCGAGAAGCUUGGUGGAACUCGCUGGCUUUUGAUCUUCCAGAUGCCAGUUGUCGCAUUCAUCAUCGCCAUCGCUACCGACAUUACUGCGGCAGUUGGAGUCUACUGUGAAUGGGACCGCCAGAUCAAGUCUGUCAAGUUUGUUCUGCGCUUGAUCUCGACAAUCUCUCUGGUCGCCUCAGUCCUUUCGAUCCUACAGUUUUACCGCUUCCUCAAGAGGCACCUGGCUCAUCACCAGCCACUCAUGAAGCUGCUGGCCUUCAAGAUUAUUGUCUUUCUAACCUUUGUGCAAGGAAUCAUCUUUUGGGCUCUCACUGAUAAGGGUGCUCUCAAAGAGACCAACACACUGACCUUCGCCGAUCUCCACAUCGGCAUCCCCAACAUGAUCAUCUGCAUCGAGAUGGUUCCGCUUUCGCUCCUGUUCAUGUGGGCUUACCCAUGGAGAGUCUAUCUGGACAGUUACAGCAUCGAUGAUGCCGAGGAACACCCCGGACGACCCUUGAAGUCCUACCAGGGAGGUCCUUUCGGCAUUCACGCAUGGCUCGCCAUGAUCAACCCCUCGGAAAUUUUCAGGGCUAUUCUUUUUGCCUUCAAGCAUGUUGGAAGUAUGAGGAAGGGAUCUCAGGAACCCAUUCUUGCGAAUGAAUCGGCUCCUCCCUAUGACAAUCAUCAGAUGCGCAACCCCGGCGUAUAG